AUGGGCUGCUACAAAACUAACGAAGAAAUUUCUCUAGAGUCCGAGAAGUCGAUAUACGACAGUGACUCGGGAAGUGCGCAAGGUCUAGUACCAUUUAGGCUCAGAAGAUAUGAUUCGGUACAUCGUAUCAUUAAUUAUGUCCUUACUGCUACUCUGCUUUGUUCCAUCGUCGGUGUCUGGCUAUACGGCGCUGCUGAGAAACAGUCAUGCGACCUUGACAUCGAAAGCUAUUAUUAUUAUUCCCCUGCUCUUGGGGAGACAAACCCCGGCUCUAGAGUCACUCAGUUUAAUCACACUAAAUGGUCGCCUUUCAGCCCGAGCAGUCUGACUCCUCUUGAAUACGUCGACAGUAACUGGACGGCCAUAUUGCGCGUGGGCAUGAUGGGCCUCAGUGAGGAAGAGCUACGCCGAGCAGGAGGCUCGCCGGACUCUAUGCGUUUGCCACCAGAGAGCGGUGGUGGGUAUAUGGUAUACCUUGCCAGCCACCAUUACCUUCACUGCCUAUAUAUACUCCAUCAAAGUUUGCACCCGGAUUAUUACCAAACGCGCAGCGUAGUGUGGAAUCAGAGCGCCGAGAGGCGGGUUUCACAUUGGGACCACUGUGUCGAGACGUUACGUCAAUAUGUAACGUGCAACGCAGAUACUACCGUCUUGACUCACAGUUGGUUCGAAGACCUUGAAAGUCCAAUUUCCGUUGCUGAGAAUCCGCGCCGAUGUGCUGAUUGGGAUGCUCACUUUCGCUGGCAGCUUGACCGUCAAGUCCCUGCACCUUAUCAACCAUUUUCCAAACCUCCUGACGCCGUGGAACUUCCUUCAUUGCCCAUGUCACCGCCUUUGGGAUAUAUGUCAAUGUAUUCUUCAGGAUAG